CACCUUUGGAUGCUUGCGAUUGGAGUACAUUGUAGUGGGCGGCUUGCAAAGCUGCAACCUAAGUGUCUAGGUAGCACACUGCAGCUAACAGGAAGAAAGUUAGCGUUUGAAUGAAAACUAAUUUAGUUCUGUAACUUCUCACUCUUAAAUCAAUGUAGGCUAGCGACUGUGCACGUUUUCCAGUUUUGCUGAAAUUGCUGCGAAUUGGCAAACAAUUCCUCAAACGACUGACAAUACUGAUAGACGGCUGUAGCAAGAUAUUUAUCUUGCUACAGUAUUUCCUAUACUGGAAAACCAUAUUAUUAACAAUUAAUUCGCCCCCUUUAAACACGAAUAUCCAAAACAGAGAUGGAUGAAACGGCCUCUGUUGCUGAGAACGAGCACCCUUUUUGGCCUCGGGACCUGUCUAUCCCAAACUAUGUACCUAAUGACCGCUCCAUGGUGGAAAUUCUCACCUUCCUGUUCUCGGUGUCGGGAAUGCUGUUGGUGGGGACCUGGGCGCUGACUGGACGGGAGGUGGCCGGGGGGAGGCUGUCAGCAGCUCGAAGGCUGGCUGUGUGCUGGUUUACUGUGUGCGGGUUCAUCCACGGUGUCAUCGAGGGGUGGUUUUCUCUCUACUACCCCAUAAUCCCAUCUGAUCAGAGCUUCCUCUCUCAACUCUGGAAGGAAUAUUCCAAAGGGGACAGCAGAUAUGUAAUAGCUGACAACUUCACAGUAUGUAUGGAGACAGUGACUGCUCUAUUCUGGGGCCCGCUCAGUGUGUGGACCGUCCUGGCAUUUCUGUACAAUCGGCCCAACCGCUUCGUCCUACAGCUGAUUGUCUCCCUUGGUCAGCUGUAUGGUGCAGUUCUGUACUUCUACACAGAGCACCGUGAUGGUUAUGCCCACAGCGAGCUGGGACACCCGUUGUACUUUUGGUUUUACUUUGUGUUCAUGAACACGCUGUGGAUCGUCAUCCCUCUGCUCCUGAUCCGGGAUUCCUGGAGCCAGCUUUCCGCGGCACAGUCGGUCUCAGAUGCCGGCAAAACCAAGGAAGAGUAAAAAGGGAACGUUGUUGGAGGAGAGGUGUGGACAGACUGAGUGAUGGACCAAAAAGUUGGUGGUGGAGGGGGAAACAAUGCUGUAGUAUUUACAAUUUGCAACUGACAUUUUAGAGGAAAAAGAGCAAGAGAGGAACUAAUGGAAUUGUGUUUCUGUUCCCUUGUAUUGCCAUUGUUCUUUUCUUUUGCAUAGUAAUUAAACACACACAGAUUUAUGAAUAAAA